ACAUGCAAUUAGAAAAAUUUGGAAAUUAAUUUUUUUGCAAAUGAAAUUGUCGCUUUAUAUCAAGAUUGCAAAAAAUUAUUUUUCUUUCUCUUUCUUUAAGGUUCUUUGUAUGAUAUUAUUCCCACAUUAUUAAACAGUGAUUAUGUGCAAUUAAUGUAAAAUGUUCCAUUUCGGGCAUGGUGACUCCACCUAGCACUGAAUCACUGGAUUAAAGACUCGACAUCAGAAGUUCGUAUUGCGCCAACAUAAAUUUGUUUAAAUCAGUAAAUUUCACGUUGAAGCAUAGUCAUAGGUGGUCAUAGUGAUAGAUCUCUAUCGAGAAUUCGUUAUUGUUUGUACAAAUGAAAAGUGCAACAUCGUGGCGUGAAACAUGGACGAAUAUGCGUACAUGAGUUCCAGCGGGACUCAGAGGGACUAAUUAAAACGCGCGAUCCCGAAAGCCAACGAUAUGUGACAAAUUGUUAAAUUUCGAUAUACUUUUGUCUGUUGUAACCUUCAUCGUGUACUAAUUGCCUGAUCAGAAUUGAGGACACUUGACGAUGUUUGACAGCGAGAUUGACAGCUGGUAUGAUUGUAAGAGAGGAGAUGAUCUGAAUGAGAUGCAAACGGUAAACGAUGCUGAAAACAGAAACGAUGUAUGUCUGUUCAGUUGUGAUCGUUCAAAAAAUUUCGCCACCGACGAUUUUGAGAGAAGAAGCUCUCGAAGUAACGGACUGAUCCGCUACGACACGAUUCCUGCAAGUUCUAGAUCCAGCACGGAAGUUCGGUUCAUCAAUCCGGCAAUUUACGCGGAAACAUUAAACGACGAGGAUAUAGAGCACGAAGUUGAAAUUCAAGUAAAGAUCAAUCCGAAAAACGAUGGACAUCUGAUAAGAAAUUGCGGUGAUUCCGCGGGGAUGAGCGAUAUGAUGUCCACACUGUCCAUCAACAACGAUCUGGCUGCCUCGUUUAUGGACCAUGCUGGCGACCAAGGUUCAGCUCAAGAAACGUAUCGUUGUUAUUCCUUAAAUUCACCGACUACAUCCGCAUCCUUACAGUCCGAUAUUGUUCGUUCCAAGUCCGUGACUUCGUGUAAACUGGCGAAUCGAGUCGAGAGACGAUGUAAAAUUGCCGAGAGAACGGGCAAUAGUUACGAUGUUUGUUCUACUGGGCAAAUCGAGCCGGAAGUGGAACAGAGGUACACGUUUAAUGGACACCGAACCGUGGAAGUUUCUUCAUCGAUAUCUAGCAUGAGAAUAUCGAAAAGCAGACCGAACGAAUCGGGUGCUGUCAAGAAGAUUACUUACAGCGAGUGGAUGCGAAGGAAGCAAGAAAUGGCGCGACGAAGAAAGGAGGAAGAAGAUCUGUUUGAGAGACAGAGGCAAAUGGAGGAGGAAAGACUGGCUCGCGAGAAACAAGAGAGAGAAUGCCGAGAGAGGGAGAAUUUCUUAAAGUGGUCCGAGAGAAAGAAGAAGGAAGAGGAGAAGAAGAAAGCUGCGAUGGAGAAAGAACUGAAAUUGCAAAAGCAAUUGAAAGAGGUGGAGGAUAAAACGGCUGUAGUGAAGACUUUGUAUCUUCGUCAGUGGGCUCGUAAAAAGAAGGAAGAGGAGAAAGGUAAAAGAAAGCAUCGAUUUUCCUUCGUUUCAUCGAUAAUUGGUGUAUUUACGGUGUUGGUAGCACGCCGGAAGAAAGAGGAAAUGAAGCGAGAACAGGAGGAAGAAGAGAGAAAAAAAAGGUUGGAGAAGAGCACGAGAGCCUACGAGAAUUGGCGAAAGAUGGCGAAGAACAAACCGAGACCUGCCACGCAAGGACUUCUACCUCAUCAAAAAGUCAAACCAGCGUACAUAAAUCCCACGCCAUGGCAGCGAAUCGUCGACGAUACCGAGGACAUUGUCGAGGAAAAUGCGUUCAACGUUGGCGGAAAAGGACAAACUCAGCCGAAGAUUAGCAAUAAGAAAAGUGCUACAUCUUAUCAGUAAUUAAAUGAUCGAAUAAUUAGAGCUUGAAAAAUCUUGCUUGGUUCGAAGAACGAUCGCAUAGUUCGAUUCUUAUGUCUAGAAGGAAGGUAGAAUGAAGCAAGAAUAUUAUUGAACAUUUAACUUUGGAUCAUAGAUACCUGCAAUUACUUUAUAAAAGAUCGUACAAUUAGAAUGGUUUUACACGCAUCGAAGUAUAAUAGGUACUCUGAUAGAUACGUGAUUUCAUUUCCUAGCAAAUAUUCUUUGAUAGAAUCUGAAAACCUUCGCAUUCUCGCGUUCGUUCCCUAUGAUCAAUGAAUAUUAACAUAUACCUAUCUGAAUUUAAUCGUCAACAGCGUUCUUCGAUCAAUAUCUAUUUAGAUGCGCUAAGAUAAUGAAGGAGAGGAUUCUCUCCUUGUACCUCCAUGUAAUUGAAAGUUUGCAGAGAGUAAAAAAGAAAAAAAGGGGAACUUGCGUGAAGAUAAUUAAAAGAAACGUAUACGGAAAAACUGAAUUAUAUUC